AUGCCAGAAAAGAACGCAGAAGCUCACGAUCAAGGUAACAUGGCAGGAUCGAUCGCAGGAUCGGUGGCAGGCGCAGAUUUAGGGAACAAACUACACUUGGGCGCCAUUGGAGGUAUCGCUAGUAGCGUUUUGGGCUCUGGUCAAGGCAGCAAGCUGGAAAACAAGAUCAAAGAAAAAAUGGAUAAGUAA